AUGGCUGACUUCUUCCGUCGCCUGGUCUCUGGAGACAAAGCUCGGUACAAGGAUGAGACUCUAGACAUUGAUUUAGAUCUUGUGUAUAUUACGGAUAAGAUUAUAGUCAUGGGCUACCCAUCGUCUGGGCUGGAGGCGCUCUAUCGCAAUCGACGGGAGGAUGCAAAGAAAUUCCUAGAACAUCGCCACGGACAGAACUUCUGGGUGUUCAACUUUUGUCCUGUCAAGGAGAACUCAUACCCUGCAUCUGUCUUUGACGGCAGAGUCAGCAGGUACCCGUUUCCAGAUCAUCAUGCUCCACCACUUGCGUUUUUACCUCUCGUCGCACGUGAGAUGCGAACCUGGCUUCAAGGUAAUCCAGAACAUGUCGCUGUGCUUCACUGCAAAGCUGGCAAAGGUAGAUCAGGCACGAUGGCUUGCGCAUACCUUCUCGCCUGCGAUAGUCUCCCUAGUCCUUCAAAGCCCGAACAAAGUGCUACAGUUAUCGAGCGAGUUACCACUCGCGCCGAACAGAUCAUGAAUGAGAUGCCAUCGGAUAACAUGUCGGGAGAGGAGCCGUCUCGCGAAAGCAAGACGCCGGGGGAUCCUGUGAAGCUGGAAGCUAUCGAUGCCGCAGCUGUUCCGGUUGACCAAGAGCCUCCCACAAGCGACGUUCAAGUUGGGAUGCUGCCACACCCACCAACGCACAGGUUAUCUGACGUCCUCGAGCUGCAUACGUCCCGCCGCAUGAAGAGAUCUUCUUCGCCAUCGAAUGAAACCAAGCAGGGCGUCAGCAUACCGAGCCAACGCCGCUGGCUAUACUAUUGGUCGAUGGUACUUGCUCACCAAGGUCCCUCGGACUUUUGGUCGACAAAUCCGGACGUUAUAAGAAGGCCUGAACCAAAGAUUCGCCUCACACGGAUUACGCUGCGCAUGCGUGAGAUGUCCGGUACCAAGACGAAUUUGGUUCGCGUCGCAAACGCGAUCAUCGAACGCACGAGCUACGCGAAGGCUCAAAGCAGCAGCUCGGUCUCAGAGAGCAAGGGACAAGUCUGGGCGUCGCUCGCUCGCUAUGACGACGAGUUCAUCGCGACGCUGGAGAGAUGGGAAAGGCAUACUCGUGAUGAGAAUGGGAACAUGGGCAAGCGGAGGGCAGGUUCAGAGCGCAUGGAGGACGAGGCGCUCGCGGACAUCUUCAAAGACGACAACUGGGAUAAAGGCAAGAUGGUGCGCAGCUUUGCAAGGCUCGGUGUGAUUAGCAAACAUGAUAUCCACAAGGAGAUGGGGACGGACGCCAAAGUCGUCACACGGGAGCUUCGGCCGCUGACAGACGGCACAUGGGGCGCUCUGCGUGAUUCCAUCCAGAUGAACGUGGAGAACAAACUUGACGCUACUCAGGACGACACGAGUUCAGAGGAGGCGUCUAUACACGACUUGAGGGACGUGUCAAAGACGCUGCACAGCGAGGAUGGAGUCGUUCUCAAUGCCAAUCGGGAGGUGCGGAUCAAGUUGUAUAUGGGUCAGGUAUUCAUGGGUUGGUUCUGGUUCAUUCCCACGUUUCACAUGCCCAGUCUUCGCUCUCUUGCAAGCCAGAGCAUCACCCUAUCGCUGAAGCGGAAUGAAAUAGACUUCCCCAUCGGGAUAGGCUCACAUAUUCUCGACGUGAAGGUAUCGUUGGAGUGGGUACCCGAGGCUGCUGACAUCACGGAGUCGCCUACGCGCGAUGGCAGCCCCAUGUCGCGGCAGAGACAAGAGUGA